CGUAACCUCGACGUUGUAAACAGGUCGCUUCAGCCACAGCUGGUUGUGUGCUGGUUAUCUGAGGGUUAUCUCCUGGUUAUCUGAGGAUCCGCUGGUUGCUAACUGCGUGUUUGACGACGCGCUGUUAGCGGAGCGGCGCUAACAGCAGCGGGCUGCUAACGUGGAGCAACAUGGAUGAAAACAAGAUGGUGGCGGGAAAAGUGAAGAAACCGGGAAAACGUGGCCGCAAACCUGCCAAAAUUGACCUGAAGGCCAAACUGGAGCGAAGCCGUCAGAGUGCCCGAGAGUGUCGAGCCAGAAAGAAGCUGAGGUACCAGUACUUGGAGGAGCUGGUGUCCAGCAAGGAGAGAGCCAUCUGCGCCCUGCGGGAGGAGCUGGAGAUGUACAAACAGUGGUGCUCGGCCAUGGAUCAGGGGAAGAUACCAUCUGAGAUCAAAGCUCUGUUGACUGGAGACGAGCAGAAGACACCUCAGAGUGGCAGUGGCACCAAAUCCACCAAAAAUAACAAAAACACCACCAACAGCGGCGGCGGCGCUCACACUUAGAGCCGCACAUCCGCAUCGUGAGGCUGUUCCCGCAUUUCACCCAGCCUGAGGCUGCUCUCGCUCGCUCACUGUCACUCGGCGUUCAUGCUCUCAUCGAAAUCUCUGAGCACAUUAGCAGUCUUUCCUCUGAAACGACACUUUCAUAGUGAUUUUCUCAGCCUAUGAAAUAUUUUCCAGUGUAUCCCUCGCCUGUGACGCUUACAUCUUGUGCAGGGUCAAGAGGCGCUGGAGCCAGUCCCAGCUGAGAGUAGGUGCAGACGGGUGACACCUGGACAGCUCGAGAGUGUAACAGAAAACAUCCAAGUUUAAAUCUACUAGUUCAACAACUUUGCCAGUCUGACGGCACUUUGCAAGUUAAAUGAAAAUUUUCAGUGUCUUAACCGUUUCCACUGGUCAGCUGUGGAUAGUGAUUUGUCUCUUUAGCUUGGUGUUUUUACACAGUCACUAAUAGUCUGACUCAGACAGAUAUAGAGUAAAUCGGAAAACUCAGUUUUUUUGUAAGCACUAUUCCAUCAGAAUGGUUUGUUCUCUGAGAUGAAACUGCUGUGAUGAAAAUAUUCAGCUGCUGAUUCGAUUAGAAGAGACAGCCCGCUGUCAGCCACAGGUCACAUGAUCAGAGAAGGGCUGGUUUUUGUGUGUGUGUGUGAGAAAGAAAGAAACUGAUGCUUCCUGUGAGCAUCUGUUGUUGUACAGUAUUUGAAAAGAUGUGUUGAAAUAAAAUUGUUUGUUCACAUUCUAA